CAAUUUCUUUCGAAUCUUCAUUCGGAUAAGUUUAAAGAGUUUUUGAGUUUUACACCCGACUAUACAAUGACUUUAAUGAAAGUCUCCGCUGUUUUACUUCUAACAUUUGCUUCCUGUUAUGCAACAUAUAAUAAUGGUUAUCAUGGGGGCGAUGGAUAUCAUGGUGAUAGCAACGGUGGAUCUCGUAAAGUUCACAUUGAGUCACCAAAAAUUCACUUGGAUGGUCCAAAAAUUCACCUAGACAGUGCAAAGAUCCUAUUGGACAGGCCCAGCAUUCACGUUAAAAACAGUGCACAAGCCCAUGAACUAUUGGGCGAUGAUGAACCAAUUAUCUUAGAAAACGACAAGCCUUUAUACAUUCGCAAGUCUCUUCAUGGAUUUCAACCAUCUGCCUCAGCAAUCCUCAUUGAAGGAAACCACGGUCAUGGUGGAUACGGUUCAAGCCAUGGUGGAUACGGUUCCAGCCAUGGUGGAUACGGUUCAAGCCAUGGUGGAUACGGUUCUAGCCAUGGUGGAUACAGUUCAGGCCAUGGACAUGCAUCAGGAUAUAGUUCAGCAAAAAUUGUUAGAGCUCCAGCUACAAUCGUUGCCGCUGCUGCACCCCUCAUAGCACCAGCACCCAUUGCCCAUGACGCCAUCUUCGUACGCAGACCAGUCCAUGUUGCAAAGGAACUUGUACCCACUCAAGAUCACUUGGAGAAAGCCCAUUUCGAACGUGUCAUUGUCAGUGGCGGAUAUGCUCACGGACACGCUGGUCACCCCACUGGUACCGUGGUGCACGCCGUCCCCAUCUCUAAAGCUAUACAAGAAAAGACAGUCGUCUAUGAAAGGGCCCCACUUCACAGUGCUGGACAUGGAAUUAUCAGCUACAGUGCUUAUCACUCCCCAUCUCCCGUGGCUGUUGGACCAGCUGUAAUUGCUGAUGCUGGUCAUGGUUAUGGAAGUCAUGGCUAUGGACUUUCUGGAGGCAAGGAUGUUCACCAUGGUUAUGGAGGCUAUAAGAAAUAUUAACUUGCUUUCUAAAAGUUGGCAACAUGGCAAGCCUGCAGUUUGCUUAUUUAGAUCUGAUGACUUUCAAAGUCAAAUAUACCGUAAAGAGCUUAUUUUGUAAAUAUUCAUAGAAUUUACUGCUUCAUUUAUUUGUAAAUAAAUUAUGCAAAAGAAACCGACGUUGUAAUAAAGAAAUAAAUCUGUU